GUAAUGUUAAAACUCUGUUUCCACUCAAUAGUCGACCGACACGUUAGAACAAACCGACGUCGUUUAAGCGAGGAGGGCUUUCGUUUACCUCCAAAUUCUGAAAAUGAAAAUGGCUCGAGGGUUUCUUCUGUCUCUGUAAAUUGGAAGAAAGGAAGAAGAUGAAGAUAGUGACGUACAACGUGAAUGGGCUGAGGCCACGCAUUGCGCAAUUUGGCUCUCUUCCCAAAUUGCUAAAUUCGCUGGACGCAGAUAUCAUUUGUGUUCAGGAAACCAAACUGAGAAGACAAGAAUUGACCGCCGACUUGGUCAUGGCGGAGGGCUACGAGUCCUUCUUCUCCUGCACUCGUACCUCCGAGAGAGGCCGAACUGGAUACUCCGGUGUGGCUACGUUUUGCCGCGUAAAAUCGGCAUUCUCGAGUGACGAAGUGGCGUUGCCGGUGGCGGCAGAGGAAGGCUUCACUGGGCUCCUUGAGAUUGGAAAAGGAGAAAUGGCUGCGGCUGCAGAAGGGCUUGAGGAAUUUUCGAAGGAUGAGCUUCUUAAGGUUGAUGGCGAGGGACGGUGUAUUAUCACAGAUCAUGGUCAUUUUGUUCUCUUCAAUUUGUAUGGGCCUCGAGCUGUAUGUGAUGACACAGAAAGGAUUGAGUUUAAGCUCAAGUUUUUCAUGAUUUUACAGAAAAGGUGGGAGUCUCUCCUGCUUCAGGGGAGGAGGAUAUUUGUUGUUGGUGAUCUUAACAUUGCACCCACCUCUUUAGAUCGUUGUGAUGCAGAACCAGAAUUUGAGAACAACCAAUUUAGAAGAUGGUUUAGAUCUAUGUUGGUGGAAAAUAAAGGCUCAUUCUUUGAUGUUUUCAGAGCAAAGCAUCCUAAUAGAAGAGAAGCGUACACAUGCUGGCCACAAAAUACAGGUGCUGAAGAAUUUAAUUAUGGCUCUAGAAUCGACCACAUUCUUUUUGCAGGAUCAUGCUUACACCAAGAGCAGGACCUGCAAAGCCAUAAUUUUGUAACUUGCCAUGUCAAGGAGUGUGACAUAUUGACACAGUAUAAACGGUGGAAACCAGGAAAUUCACUGAGGUGGAAGGGAGGGCAGAGUAUUAAACUUGAAGGCUCUGAUCAUGCUCCUGUUUACACAAGUUUGCUGGAAAUUCCUAGUGUCUUCCAGCAUAGCACCCCAUCUUUAUCUGCUAGAUACAUUCCAAUGGUUCAUGGGCUCCAGCAAACCCUGGUAUCAGUGUUAAUGAAAAGACAAACUGCUGAACAAGUUAAUUCAGAUGGAGAUAUCAUUAAAGAGAGUUGCAGUGAGAGAGAAAGAAGCUCGUCUGACCACUGUAGCACACCCGGUGUACCCAGUGGAAACUCAUGUUCUUCUUCGAGCCAAAACUUUGAAGUUCUCAGUUCAAAAACAAAUGAGCAUUCCAACGGUUUUUCUAUGGAGGAUACUUGUAACACCUUGGUGACUUUAGGUGGUCAACGUACCAAAACAAUGUGCAGCAGUGAACCAAAGAAAAAGGCAAAAAGGAGCUCUCAACUCUCAUUGAGGUCAUUUUUCCAGAAAAGUUCAAUCCCUAGCAAUGGUGUCGGCAAUGGUACUGAUACUUCAACUAAUCAGAUAGAUGUUCCAGAUUCUAAUCGUCUGUCAAAUGAAACUCCAAUACCAGAGAAUCAAAGUGGCAGUCCCAAGCAGUGUGAAUUGAACUCAAGUGCAUCAAUUGAGGAUCAGGAUGAAGUAGAUGUCUGUUCUUUGGAGAAAGAGAAGAAUAAUUUUGCUCUAAUGGAGUGGCAAAGGUUGCAGCAAGUCAUGCAGAAUAGCAUACCACUUUGCAAGGGCCAUAGGGAACCCUGUGUUGCUCGGGUUGUGAGGAAGCGAGGUGCUAAUUUUGGACGCAGGUUUUAUGUCUGUGCUCGUGCUGAGGGGCCUGCAUCUAACCCUGAAGCAAAUUGUAAUUAUUUCAAAUGGGCUGCUUCAAAACCUCGACAAAAAUGAUGAUCACUGAUUUAGGUAAUAUGGAUGUCAAGCUGUUAAUUUCCUGCCUACCCUAAACUUAGAGAUGGCGCAGUGCCGGCCAUCUCAGUUUAGGAAAUUUUGUGAUCAAAAUUAUUCUUCUGGGAAUCGAAACUCUCAGGCAUACGCUCAUGUUGUAUUAUUAGCUGUUUAAAGUUAUUAAUUUCCUUGUUUAGUGAAUUGAUCGCAGUGCUCCUCGAAACAAAUAUGUUUUCAUAUGAAAUUUUUUAUUAUAAAAAAAUUAGUCGUGGAGGAGAAA